AUGUAUCAACCCAUUGAUGGCGAGUAUUCCGGCCAGCCUCAAGUAACUGCCAUCAAGAACCGUCCGAACGUCAGCCAGGAAACGUCUUUCACCAAGACGACUGAGCCAAGUUAUACCCCCUCUGGCUCCCGGAACAAAGAAUCUCACAGCUCGGGGACCAAGCGCAAGAAGCGAUUGAGCGUAUGGAUUAAGUUCAACUUGCUAAUUUCCUUGCUUGGACUCGCGGGCGCUGUCGCCUUCAUUUCGUGGCUGUGGUGGGCUCCUCGCGAAGAUAUCCGUUGGCGUGAGUGGGUGCUCACCCCGAAUCGACUGCAACUCAGCAUCACCCUCGCCGCUGUAGUUAUCCGUACAGCAAUUGGGGUCCUUGCUGGUUUAGCCACAGCCAUGGCUGCCUCCGCUGCGGUUGAGCGGCGCGGUGUGCAUCUUCACGCUAUUGCUCAAGCUUCAGUCGCACGCUUUUCUAGCGAUGGGCCCCUUUCUUUGGGAUUACUAGCGCUCCGGGGCUCAUCACUCGACGGGAUGGUGCGAGCGGAGUUGGCCCUCUUGAUCCUGACGACUUUGGCCUCCCAAUUUACCUCGUCACUCCUGGUGUCUGACCUUGAAGAACGGCGCGUUAUCUCCUUCCCUAGCUUGGAAUCCAAUGCGUACACCUUUGUCCGACGGCCUCCUUUGAAGGGCGUAGCUCCAGAAGCUGUGUCUGGUUAUGCACAUAACUACUGGUUCCAAAGACCGCGCUUCACGGAAACAUUCGCAGAAUAUUCGGAUGACCCAGUGACGGGCGAGGGACUUGAUGAUACAGGCCCAUCCGUAAGAGCAUUUCUCCCACUGGCGUCACAAGAGGAUCGGGAGUCGAUUCUCGAAUUUCAAGGCAUGGCAAGAGUCAUUGACUCCCGCGUGAUCUGCUUGCGCCCGAGACUCUCUAACCUCCGGCCGUUCCAGGAGGAAGGGGAAGCCUCUUCGUAUGUCAGCCUCUGCGGUUCCGUAGAGCUUGACGACACGGCUGCUGCGGCUGACGUAGGUGUGGCGUGGAGUAAUUCCAUGAAUUUCAACUUCACCUGCCCCAUUACGGCCUAUGAAAACCCAUACAACUGGCAACUGUGCGCUUACCAGACACAAAACUGGACGAGCUUCGACUGGUCUCUUCACAACACUACCAGAAUGGCCACAUUGCGAUUAAUCUGGGACGCCGGAAGGAUUGUAAGGUCUGCAGGGUCAAUAAGUGUGAACGGCACAGCCGCUGAGAUAAACUCAACGGUAUCUGGGCCGUGGACGCACAAGAGCCUCCGCAUUACGAACCCUUCUUCAAAGACUGGGAAAAGAGAACAUGACAUCAGCUUUCAGAUGACUAUGUGUGCCUCGUUUGCUGUCUACCCGGACUCAAUCCAGUAUCUCAAUGUAUCGGCCUCAUCGGCGAGCAACCGAACUGAGCCACUCUACGUAUGGGAUGUAGUCGAGGAGGCAUACAACACCAGCGCCGUUCGAAAGCAGCUUGGUGCCGUGAAAAAUCCCAAGUCAAUGUCUCACGACGACCGACAAGUUCUGACCAUUAACAAGGAAAGCCUAGAGUUGACAAUUGAAGAAGCUCGCGACGGUUCUGCAUGGCAGAAGUAUUAUUCUGAUCCAUCCCUGACAUGGUUCUACGACCGAGUAAACAACUUCCGGCGACCUUACAUGCCGAUAGCCUUAUGUCCCAACUGUCCGGCCGACCCCUCUUCGGACGACGGUACUGCCGAUAUUAUUUAUGCAAGACUUUUCGAAGAUGCUAUGGAUGAAACACAAUCACCAGCGCGCUCUCUGCAAGUAAUCUAUUUUACGCUUGCAAGAGUCGUGUAUUAUGAUUUUAUCAGCUCUUUCGCCCCCAACAUAGACGCACCUGGAGCGGAUACAGCGAGUCUGGUGAUAUUCCAAUUGACAUCUUUACCGUGGCGCUUUCGUGGAUACUUGGCUGUGUUGGUUGUCAUCGCGGUCUUUCUCGCCACUUUUGCAGCAACAGCUUGGCUCUUCCGCACGACGCGCUUCAGUUUUCCGGAGAACGCUUGGCACACAGUCGCACAAAUAUCUGAAAGCCCGGAGCUGGCGAAUGUGCUACGGGAAGCGAAGGCAUCAACAGAUAAUGAUGUUGAGAGCUUCAUGGAGUCGUACAGAAACCAAGAGUCCAUGCGACGCUCUACCUCUGGUCUCGCGUCGUUUUUCAUAUUCAACUCCAAAAGUCAAGCUCCGCGUUUCGUUGUUCGGGAGGGCGUGUUUAUCCGCGCGACAAGGGGUCAAGCAGACAUGGAGUUGCAAGAGACACAGUCAAGACGCCGUCUCACCAGACAGAGUUCAGAUCAAGAGAUUUCCAGAUAG